UGUAUCUCCAACCCAGGCUUCACUAAAGGUGAAACAGAUGGUGCCAAGGGACAGGAGGAACAUGAGUGCCUGUGGAUAUUGAUUGUGGAACACGUGUGUGCAUGUGAGAUCUGUAAAUCACGCAGGGCAUCCAGUCAGGAACAGAGGAGAUACUGGAAUGGCCAGCUGAGGUUAAGGAAGCACUCCACUGGAACUUCAAGAUCUGGGUACGUGGCUUACUGGAACUUCUGAUAAGCGUGAGACCGGAACAAACCGUGACAACCGGAGCUGAUGUAAUGACAGCCAGGACAAGCACUCGGCAGGACUCUAGAGCCAAACUGGAGCCAGAAGCGUA